AUGGCUUCAUCUUCUGCCUUUACGCGCGGCCUCCCCCUGGCUGGUCCAGGCCGACUCUCGCGCACCUUCUCUGUCGCCAAGUUGCACACCCUCGCAGCUUCCGAGCAGACAGAUGCCGCCUCACCAUCCUCGCACCGCCCCACCAGGGCGGAGCUCGAGGCGCGCCUCGCACAUGCCCAGGUCCGCGCGCAGGCGCGCGGAACAACUAAGCCUACACUAAAGGGCAUCGGGCUCGGCCUCCCCGCCGAGCUCUUCGCGUCCCAGUCGUGCAUUAUCGCUGCGAAAAAUGUAACAGCGCACGACCUCACGCCCACAUUGGCGCUGGCAAGCACUGAGCUCGAGACGGCCACAUUCUCACCCGAGCUCGCGCUUGCGCGCCUCCCAUCCUACCAGUUCCACGGCAGGCGCAGCGAUGCGCCGCCCCCCAGCUCGGACGUAUCCUCCGGGUCUGUGGACUCGCCCACUGGUACCCCGCAGCACUCGCCCAUCCCGGUGCGCAAACCACGCCAGCCCCGGCACUCGUAUGCCCCGCCCGCGAGCAGCUUCGGCGCGCCACCGACCAAGCACGGGCUCGUCGGGCUCGGCAUCAUGAUCUCGUCCACCGCGCCGCAGCAGGCCUUCCCCGGCCUGCGCCGCCCGCCGACGCGCAUCGACAUCCCUCGCAUGUCUGGCCUGCUCUCGCCUGGGCUCGUCGUUAGCCCGCGCGAGCUGGCGCAGCGCAAUUUCCCCAUCACCCCCGGGGCGCCCCUCCGCCGCGAAUUCGCCAUGCAGCGGGCGAUCCCUCGCACGCCAGGCGCACCCCGUAUUGGAACGUUGCCUUCGGACGAAGGAAUCCCAAUGUUCCACCUCCCUGCGGGAUUGAUCACGCCAAUCGGGCUGGGUAUCCUCAUAGACCCCUUGGGCUCGCCGUCGUCAGAAAGCGAGCCUGAGUCCUAUUUCGAGGCGUAG